CGGGCGCGGAUCCGGUAAACGGCCGGGGUCCGGGGAGGGGGGCCACGUGUGCGCUGCUCCCGGGCUCCGCUCGGAGGAACCGGCCGGCCGGUCCUCGGCGCUCCGCGUGGCCCCCGGCCCCUAUUUAUACGGCACGCGGCCGGGCCUCCAGUCUCGUCGCUCGCCCAUGCACCGUCCCCAUUCGAAUGGUGGAGAUCUCCCUGUCACUACUCCUCUCGUCUGGAUAAGAGGCAAUCCUGAUCCUAAUCCAAUCCUAUCGGGAAUUAAGGCUAGCUGCGACCGGCGGGCGCUGCGAGAGAGGAUGAUGAUGAUGGACAAGGCGCAGGAAGGGCAGCAGCAGCAGCAGGCGGCGGCGGCGGCGCGGGUGGUGCACAGCCAGGUGCGGCGGAUCAAGCAGGAGGAGGACGAGAGGGUCAAGGUGCACGAGACGUACCAGCACCACGUCGCCGAGAUGCGCCUCGUCCUCCGCCGGGACCUCGGCAGGCAGCGCUCGCGCUCCCCGCUCGGCCGCGCCGCGCGCCCGGGCGCCAUCUCCAUCGGCGGCGACUCCUGAUCUCGCCGGGCACACCGGUGCCCGCCAAGGGGAGAGAAGGCGGCGGCCCAUCGUCGUCUCCACCCGGCCGCACGUUCCAUCGUCGUCAGGUGCUAGGAUCGGCCGAUCGAUUGGGUCGAUCGCCAUUAGGAUUUUCGUUUGAUGAUGAUCGUCGUCUGCUUGGCGUGGUCAGAGUUCGUGGUCGUUGAGUUGGAAAAUUUUCUGUUGUUUUUAGGGUCAUGAUGAUGUUCCUGUUUGGAUGGAUCAUGUAAAUACAAUUUUUUUUACCUUUUUGUCGAUUUAGGAAUCAUAUAUGAAUUUCUCUCGUCGCUGCAGCUUUUUUCGGGAGAAAGGUAUGAAAAUAUUUCUUUUUGCAAGGCGAUUAUUACAGGUUUUCUUGGAAAGAUUCCCUAUAGUUUUCUC